AUGGACUACAAUGACCAUGUGUUGUCCCUCUCCUAUUCCCCAGGCCCUGACCCCAAGCCCAAGCUGAGAGGAGACACCAGGACGUUCAGAGUGUGGCUGGACCCUAACCAGUACCAGCAGGACAUGACCAUCAGCAUCCAGAAUGGCACUGAGGACCCCUAUGAGUCCUUCAACAUCAUCAUGAGACGCAAACCCAAGGAGAACAACUUCAAGGUUAGUGGGGAGGACUGUAUUACUGCACAUUAAACAUGACCCAGACAACCUUUAGUAUUUUCUAUAUCCCUCCCUCCUUCCCUUCUUCCUUCUCUUCAUAUUACCUCUCACCUUCCAUCCAUCCAUUGCUUCUUCCCUCUUACCCUUCCCUCAUCCCUCCCUUUAUUUGAGCACAGCCCCCAGGCCUUGAUUUUUCCACCCCCUACUCCACCCCACCCCUGGCUGAUCAAUCACUCAGACUGCUCCGUCUGGGUGCUGAGAGCCUUAGUGUGAUCCAGGAUUACCUCCAGCUCAAGGCCCCUGAUCCAACCCCACUGACCCUAGAUAGAGGCUGAGGGUGACCUUCCCUUCGUCUCUCUAGUCAUCCAUCUCUGGAGGCACGCCUGUAGUACGAUGCACAUUCUGUUAGAUCAGGUUGCGCUACCGGAGGAGGCUGCUGCUGGCAGAGAUGGCUAAGAGCGCCACUUAUCUUGGAAAUUGAAAUGUAGCUACUAACUAUCUUGGUUUUAUUUCUCAGCGUUUUAGCCCCUUUAAAGAGCUUGAAAGAAUGUGUGUUUUAUAUGUUGAGUGUCGUUUCAAGUAGGUAAAUGUAAUUUCAGACCCUUACUGUCAAUUUGACGUGCAAACAAGCUAGGGCAGCACGAUUUAUCGAAUGUACAUUGAAAUUGCAAUAUACACUGAGUGUACAAAACAUUAGGAACAGAUUCCUAAUAUUGAGUUGCCCCCCCUUUUUGCCUUCAAAACAGGCUCAAUUCAUCGGGGCGUGGACUCUACAAGGUGUCAUAAGCGUUCCACAGGGAUGCUGGCCCAUGUUGACUCCAAAGCUUCCCAUAGUUGUCAAGUUGGCUGGAUGUCCUUUGGUUGGUGGACCAUUCUUGAUACACACGGGAAACUGUUGAGAAUGGAAAAACCCAGCAGCAUUGCAGCUCUUGACACACUCAAACUGGUGCACCUGGCACCUACUACCAUACCACGUUCAAAGGCACUUAAAUAUUUUAUUUUGCCCAUUCACCCUCUGAAUGGCACACAUACACAAUCCAUGUCUCAAUUGUCUCAAGGAUUAAAAAUCCUUCUUUAACUGGUCUCCUCCCCUUCAUCUACACUGAUUGAAGUAGAUUUAACAGGUGACAUCAGUAAGGGAUCAUAGCUUUCACCUUGAUUCACCUUGUCAGUCUGUAAUGGAAAGAGCGUUCCUAAUGUUUUCUACAUUCGCUGUAUGUGCAUUAUCCAUAUUGCAAGAGAUCCAUAUUUUUGCGAUAUUUUAAAACGCCACUCAACCGCGUGUAAAGUCAGUUUUCAUAGUUUACUCCUUUUGCUGUCUCUCUCCCUCUCUCCUACAGGCUGCUUCCCCACACACACCAAGCCCUGCCCCCUGUCACUUAUUCAAGCAUGGCAGCAGUUAUCACUGUAAAUUCACUCUGCAUACAAUGCAUGCACAGUCAAAACUGUAAACAAGAAUGAUUCUACUUUUCCACUUUGCUUUCCUAAUAUAAAUCAAUUUUUUCUUUAUUAUACUAUUAGUUUAUCUUCCUAUCUGCAAAAUGCUUGUUAGUCUUAGCAAGCUGCACAAGUCCAAAUAUUUUUUUUUUGCGUUAGCCACUAAUACUAACUAGUUAACUGAGAAAGGGCAAAUCUGGUUAGCAAACUUUAGCUCUAAUACAGUGUUGGUAUAGUGCAUUCGGAAAGUAUUCAGACCCCUUGACUUUUUCCACGUUUUGUUACGUUACAGUCUUAUUCUAAAAUUGAUUAAAUUAAUUUUUUGCCUCAUCACUCUACACACAAUACCCCAUAAUGACAAAGCGAAAACAGGUUUUUAGAUGUUUUUGCAAAUAUAUUCAAAAUAAAAAACUGAAAUACCUAAUUUACAUAAGUAUUCAGACCCUUUGCUAUGAGACUCGAAAUUGAGCUCAGGUGCAUCCUGUUUCCAUUGAUCAUCCUUGAGAUGUUUCUACAACGUGAUUGGAGUCCACCUGUGGUAAAUUCAAUUGAUUGGGAAGGAUUUGGAAAGGCACACACCUGUCUAUAUAAGGUCCUACAGUUGACAGUGCAUGUCAGAGCAAAAAUCAAGCCGUGAGGUCAAAGGAAUUGUCCGUAGAGCUCCGAGACAGGAUUGUGUCGAGGCACAGAUCUGGGGAAGAAUACCCAAAAAUGUCUGCAGCAUUGAAGGUCCCCAAGAACACAGUGGCCUCCAUCAUUCUUAAAUGAAAGAAGUUUGGAACCACCAAGACUCUUCCUAGAGCUGGCCGCCCGGCCAAACUGAGCAAUCAGGGGAGAAGGGCCUUGGUCAGGGAGGUGAUCAAGAACCCGAUGGUCACUCUGACAGAGCUUCAGAGGUUCUCUGUGGAGAUGGGUGAACCUUCCAGAAGGACAACCAUCUCUGCAGCACUCCACCAAUCAGGCCUUUAUGGUAGAGUGGCCAGACAGAAACCACUCCUCAAUAAAAGGCAAAUGACAGCCCCCUUGGAGUUUGCCAAAAGACUCAGACCAUGAGAAACAAGAUUCUCAUUUCUGAUGAAACCAAGAUUGAACUCUUUGGCCUGAAUGUCCAGCGUCACGUCUGGAGGAGACCUGCUCAAGAGCGCUCAGGAUCUCAGACUGGUGCGAAGGUUCACCUUCCAACAGGACAACAACCCUAAGCACACAGCCAAGACAACGCAGGAAUAGCUUCGGGACAGGUCUCAAUGUCCUUGAGUGGCCCAGCCAGAGCCCGGACUUGAACCUGAUCGAAAACUCCACAAAUACAGGUGUGCCAAGCUUUUAGCGUCAUACCCAAGAAGACUUGAGGCUGUAAUCGCUGCCAAAGGUGCUUCAACAAAGUAAAGAUUAAAGGCUCUGAAUACUUAUGUAAAUGUGAUAUUUCUAAAAACCUGUUUUUGCUUUGUCAUUAUGGGCUAUUGUGUGUAGAUUGAUGAGGAAAAAAUUAAUUUAAUCAAUUUUAGAAUACGGCUGUAACGUAGCAAAAUGUUGAAAAAGUCAUGUUUGUGCUAUGGCAUGUUCUGAAUCAGAGAGGAAUAACUAAGCAUAUUCUGAAGUCUUUGUCCUAAAUAACAUCUAUUCAAUUCUAAAUAUUGUCCCCUGGGAAACACAUACCAACAUAUUGGUUCCUACCCUGUCACAACAAACUCCUCCCUGGCUUUUUAAUCUGUUGUCAUGCCAAAUAACUCUCUAUUCUAAGUGCCCAAUCUAUUCCAACUGUAUAAUUAGAAUAGAAUAGUAACUAUGGUUCCAACAGAUCACCAAAAUGUUUUUAACAUAUUGCAAGUCAAAUCGCAAUCGCAGUAAAAAAAAAAAAAACACAAUUAGCUGUUUUGCCCGUAUUGUGCAGCCCUAACACAAGCUCAUUACUGUCAUUUCAAAAUCCCAUCAAUGCUUUGAUAGAAGAAAUGUUUUGUUUUUUACAUUUCACAAAAUGAAAUGAAAAGGAAGAUGUUCAAGUAUUUCACACACAGGAUAUCACAUAGUUGAAAACUCAUUAAAAUGUGAUUGACAUGCAGGCAAGUCUCUUUUUUUCACAUUUGAUCAGAUUUUGGUACAUAUUAACCAUUUGAUAUCUGAUCAUUUUCUCCACCCCUUGUUUUGUCCACCAGGCUGUCCUGGAGACGAUCAGGAACCUGAUGAACACUUAGUGUGUGGUCCCAGAAUGGCUCCAUGACAUCAUCCUGGGCUACGGCAACACGGGCUCCGCCCACUACUCCAAGAUACACAAUCAGAUCUCCUCCCUGGACUUCAAUGACACCUUCCUGUCCAUAGACCACCUGAGGUCCUGUUUCCCUGGUUACACCGUCAAGGUCACUGAGGACAACCCUGAGCUGCUGAUACCCCCCUUCAGGUCAGAGGUCAAAGUUCAGAUGGAGUAGGGUUGGGGUUAUUGUCUUAUGUGGUCCAACUGCAACAUAUCUUUCAACCUUCUUCUCUUUUCCCAACCCUAGAAUCAAGUUCCCUGUGCAGAACAGGGCCGACAAAGGCAAGAAGAGGAAAGCAGACUCGGAUGAAGAGGAGGAGAAAAAGGAGGAAAGACAAAACGCUUAUAGUGGAGCCUCAUGUCACACCCAACCGGGGGCCCUACCCCUACAACCAGCCCAAACGGUGAGGGUCCAGGUUCCCGGGUCAACCAGUAGAGGUCAGGAGCCCUUGCAGUGCUUGGGCAAACUUGGCACCGCAGAGAGGUCAAGUCCUUGUUCUCUCUAUAGCCAGUCAAGUCUCACCCACCUUUUGUUUAGCCUCCUCUCAGGGCCUGUGUGUUUCCACCACUAACGUGCCUGCCUGCACCAAAUUUAGCCCAACUAGUGAAUGCUUUGAGGACACUUACUGAGCAAACCUUCCCACCUAGAGCAAAAACAACCUCUGCUCUGUUAAACGCAAUGCUCUAAAAUGUUGACGUUUCUGUCAGACAUUUUAUACUGAUUCCUAUUUAUUCAGGUUGGUGUGUUUUGUUUUGCUGUGUUAGCGUGAGCUCUGGGUAUUUGUGCUGAUUGCAGUGUAAUGUUUUGCUGGUUCUGUUUGGUUAGGUUAUUUCCUGACAUUUUAGCCCUGUAGCAAAGUAGAUCAAAACAGAUUAGGUUGUUUAUCUUAAUCAUAUCAAUCUUAAUCAUAACUGAACAGAAAUUAAAGGGUUUUUAGUUAAUUAAAUUUGCAUUAAUCUGAUCUGAUGGUAACUUAGCUUCUUCAGUUGCGCUUUGAUAAUGAAAUCCUGUUAGGUAACAGCAACUCCUCUGGUCCCUUAACUGAAACAUUGUUCAUGAGGGUUUCAAAACACAUCACCACAGAGCUUUGAAUUGCUAGGGACCUCACGAUACGAUAUUAUCACGAUACUUUGGUGCCUGUAUGUAUUGCUAUUUUCACAGUUCUACAUGUACAGUGGGGAGAACAAGUAUUUGAUACACUGCCGAUUUUGCAGGUUUUCCUACUUACAAAGCAUGUAGAGGUCUGUAAUUUGUAUCAUAGGUACACUUCAACUGUGAGAGACGGAAUCUAAAACAAAAAUCCAGAAAAUCACAUUGUAUGACUUAAGUAAUUCAUUUGCAUUUUAUUGCAUGACAUAAGUAUUUGAUCACCUACCAACCAGUAAGAAUUCCGGCUCUCACAGACCUGUUAGUUUUUCUUUAAGAAGCCCUCCUGUUCUCCACUCAUUACCUGUAUUAACUGCACCUGUUUGAACUCGUUACCUGUAUAAAAGACCUGUCCACACACUCAAUCAAACAGACUCCAGCCUCUCCACAAUGGCCAAGACCAGAGAGCUGUUUAAGGACAUCAGGGAUAAAAUUGUAGACCUGCACAAGGGUGGGAUGGGCUACAGGACAAUAGGCAAGCAGCUUGGUGAGAAGGCAACAACUGUUGGCGCAAUUAUUAGAAAAUGGAAGAAGUUCAAGAUGACGGUCAAUCACCCUCCGUCUGGGGCUCCAUGCAAGAUCUCACCUCGUGGGGCAUCAAUGAUCAUGAGGACGGUGAGGGAUCAGCCCAGAACUACACGGCAGAACCUGGUCAAUGACCUGAAGAGAGCUGGGACCACAGUCUCAAAGAAAACCAUUAGUAACACACUACGCCGUCAUGGAUUAAAAUCCUGCAGCGCACGCAAGGUCCCCCUGCUCAAGCCAGCGCAUGUCCAGGCCCGUCUGAAGUUUGCCAAUGACCAUCUGGAUGAUCCAGAGGAGGAAUGGGAGAAGGUCAUGUGGUCUGAUGAGACAGAAAUAGAGCUUUUUGGUCUAAACUCCACUCGCCGUGUUUGGAGGAAGAAGAAGGAUGAGUACAACCCCAAGAACACCAUCCCAACCGUGAAGCAUGGAGGUGGAAACAUCAUUCUUUGGGGAUGCUUUUCUGCAAAGGGGACAGGACGACUGCACCGUAUUGAGUGGAGGAUGGAUGGGGCCAUGUAUUGAGAGAUCUUGGCCAACAACCUCCUUCCCUCAGUAAGAGCAUUGAAGAUGGGUCGUGGCUGGUUCUUCCAGCAUGACAACGACCCGAAACACACAGCCAGGGCAACUAAGGAGUGGCUCCGUAAGAAGCAUCUCAAGGUCCUGGAGUGGCCUAGCCAGUCUCCAGACCUGAACCCAAUAGAAAAUCUUUGGAGGGAGCUGAAAGUCCAUCUUGCCCAGCGACAGCCCCGAAACCUGAAGGAUCUGGAGAAGGUCUGUAUGGAGGAGUGGGACAAAAUCCCUGCUGCAGUGUGUGCAAACCUGGUCAGGUCCUACAGGAAAUGUGUGAUCUCUGUAAUUGCAAACAAAGGUUUCUGUACCAAAUAUUAAGUUCUGCUUUUCUGAUGUAUCAAAUACUUAUGUCAUGCGAUAAAAUGCAAAUGAAUUACUUAAAAAUCAUACAAUGUGAUUUUCUGGAUUUUUGUUUGAUGUUCCAAACAUAUUGCUCACUAUAUGUCUGCUGAUGAGCGACAAGAGAGCAUGAGAAGAAUGUGUUUUGAUCAGUCAAAAAUGUGUCAUAAAAGUGAAAACAUGUUGGCUCACUAUUUAAAAACAAGAUGGAGAACAAACUAUAGGAUGAAAAAUACCAGAGUUCUGGCGCAGGUUCAGCCAGCUAGCGCUAGCUAAUUCUACCUGGCAAAAAGAAAGACAUUUUUUUCUUUAUAAAAAAACAAAUUCAAAUCGAUACUUGGAGUCAAAUUAUUGAUAUAAUAUCGUCCAAAAUAAUGUUGCGAUAUGUAACUAUCUUAUUUUUUUCCCCCAUCACUAAUUGCCACAGAGCUGGUUGAAAACAGCUCUCUUUUUUCUUCUCAAGUUUUCAACAUAUUCCUUAAAACCUCUAACUGUGAGUGAUAACUUUGUGUGUUUGAACAGAAAUACCAUCCAGUUUACACCAACUCAGAUUGAGGCCGUCCGUGCUGGAAUGCAGCCUGGACUCACUAUGGUAAGAACAUUUACUGUCUUAUGUUUACCUCUUGUUUGCAACUGACGUUUGUAUACUAAUACAAUAAACUGAACUCAUACUGGUCAUAAGAACCAUUGAUGAUAUUGAGUUUCAUAAUUUAAUAUAUUGUGAAGAUCAAACUUGUCUGUCAAAAAGCUUUUGGAUGAAAAAACAAACACUAAAUUGAAUACUCAUAUCUAGCCACUUGAGUAAACCAAGGCAAUAGACGGGUAGCAUUAAAAGUUUGAGCAACAACUGAAGUCUCCUAUCCAUUGGCUCUUUAGUUAAACUGUGUUUUUCAAUCACUCAUAGCCCAGAGUCGGAUGUUGGCUACCUAUGACAGGUGUAUUAUUGGCCCUGGCUGCUUGAAGAGGUGAGGAUUUGUAACCACUCUGCCUGACGCAGGGGACUGGCUAGGACCUUCCCCCAGUCACUAGUAAGAUGGAGUUAUUUAGUGUUCCAAUCCCCAUCACUCCUGCAGAUCUCAGUCAGGCCCGAUUAGUGAAAUACUGCCCUGAAAGGCCCUCCGCUAAAUUAACUUAAAUGGUGCCGAUGGCGAGCAUACACACAGCCUCUCAUCCACAGAAAACACACACAUUCAGUAACACACACACACACAGCUGCCUCGCAAACACACAGCCUCUCAUCCACAGAAACACACACAUUCAGUAACACACACACACACAGCUGCCUCGCAAACACACAGCCUCUCAUCCACAGAAACACACACAUUCAGUAACACACACACACACAGCUGCCUCGCAAACACACAGCCUCUCAUCCACAGAAACACACACAUUCAGUAACACACCACACACACAGCUGCCCUCGCAAACACACAGCUUCUCAUCCACAGAAACACCACACAUUCGAGUAACACACACACACACAGCUGCCUCGCAAACACACAGCUUCUCACCAAGAAACACACCAUUCAGAACACACACACACACAGCUGCCUCGCAAACACACAGCCUUCUCAUCCACAGAAACACACACAUUCAGUAACACACACACACACAGCUGCCUUGCGCAAACACAGCCUCUCAUCCACAGAAACACACACAUUCAGUAACACACACACACACAGCUGCCUCGCAAACACACAGCCUCUCAUCCACAGAAACACACACAUUCAGUAACACACACACACACACAGCUGCCUCGCAAACACAUAGCCUCUCAUCCACAGAAACACACACAUUCAGUAACACACACACACACAGCUGUCUUGCAAAGUCGCACACACAGCGUCUCAUCUACAGAAACACACAUUCACUAACACACACACACUCCUGCCUUGCUUUGAUGAAGCUCAUUCCUGGCCUGGUGAUUGGUAGCUGGCAGAGGGAUCUGUCUGGUAUUUAUUGGGUGGCUGCUGGGGAGUAAAUAUGGCAGCUUGGCUAUCAGCACAGUCGUAAAACAACUCUACAUACACACACACACACACACACACACACAAACCACUCACUGGCAUGUGUGGGGACAAUCGUUAGCAGCCAAGACAGUCUCCCAGUCCCAGGCUUCUUUUAUCAUCUUGAGCUGUUUUUAGGUUUAUAGUUGUUAUUCUGUGUUUGGGUCUCUAGUGUAUAAAGUAGACUGGCUUUUAUGUGACUUACCUGAGGUGUACGGUGGCUAAAUGUUUUAUGAAUAUACCGUCAUGUUUUAGCCUCCACUAGUCUGUGAGCACCUUCUGCCCUGGGAAAGCCCUGAUGAAAAUGGAAAUAAAAAUAGCUUGUUUAUUAGUCUUUCCUAGUGGUGUUUGUUUGAGGAAGGUGAUAGCUCUAGACUAGACCCAAUGAUCUCUAUAGCCUUAACUAGACCCAAUGAUCUCUACAGCCUUAACUAGACCCAAUGAUCUCUACAGCCUUAACUAGACCCAAUGAUCUCUACAGCCUUAACUAGACCCAAUGAUCUCUACAGCCUUAACUAGACCCAUGAUCUCUACCGCCCUUAACUAGACCAUAUGAUUCUCCUAACAGUCUUAACGAGACCAUAAUGCAUCUCGUACACCUUACCUAGACCCAAAUGAUCUCUACAGCCUUAAACUAGACCAUAUGAUCUCUAAGCCUUAACUAGAAACCCAAUGAUCGCUACACCUUAACUAUACAUAAUGAUCUCUACAGCUUAACGAGACCCAAGGAUCUCUACAGCCUACUAGAACCCAAUGAUCUCUACCUACAGCCUUAACCUAGACCCAAUGACUCUACCUACAAAAAGCCUUAACCUAGACCAUAAUGAUCUCUACAGACAGCCCCCCCCUUAAACGAGACCCAAUGAUCUCUACAGCCUUAACUAGACAUAAUGAUCUCUACAGCCUUAACUAGACCAAUGAUCUCUACAGCCUUAACUAGACCUAAUGAAGGUCAAGGAGCCGAUGGAAAGAGUUUCAUAUGUACUCUGGUUUUAUUUGUUCUCUCUCCGUGUUUCUCUGUGUGUGCAGGGAGGAUGACCUUGCAUGCCAAGCAGUUCACCUUAGCCCUACACACACACAGGUCCUGUCUGAUGCACUGAGGGGGAAACACACACACUGUGUGUGUGUGUGUGUGAGACAGAACCACUGUGCUCUCCUUUUCUGUUAUCUAACCAACCUUCUCCAUUUUCUCCUCCUUGUACUUUCUCUCUCUACCUCCUCUCAUGUUCUCUCUCUAUCCCUCCUCCCUCACUCGCUCUCUCAAGGUGGUGGGUCCUCCAGGUACUGGAAAGACGGAUCUGGCCGUCCAGAUCAUCUCCAAUCUCUACCACAACUUCCCUGAGCAAAGAACCCUCAUAGUCACACACUCCAACCAGGUAGGAAACACCUGGAUAACGCCAAUGUUAAUUUACUGGAUACGAAAACCAUCAGUCAUAGUCAUGUAACCAAAGUAACUUCUGGGAAAUACUUGGCCCCUUUGUCCAUCGAUAUGGCCAAUAUAGUAGUAAAAAUAUCACGUUGGAAGCUUUUUCUGGAGUUGCUGGAGGAAUUCACCAAUCUGCCCUAAAAUGGUGCCAUUAAUCACUGAGAAAUCCGACCUAAAAUCACAGAGGGAAAAUGUUAAAAGUGUUGCUCCCCUGUGCCCCAGUCUCCUCAUCUCAGUAUUUAAUCAAAAGUAAUCUAGCUGUAUUUUAAUGCUACGACAGCCGACUGGCAGUGGGCCUCUAACAUAACUGAAGAUAUUUAUGAAAUGUCUGCAUUUAUUGUCAUCACAAUUUCCCUCCCCCAUUUCUGUUUGUCAUACUGUGGUGUUAUAUCAUUAUUAUGCUGAAUUAGCCCCAAUAUAAAGUCUACCAUCCAACACUGAAGGCUUUUCAAUAGGACCUGUAGGAAGCCUUGUGUUCUCUUUCUGUUCACUGCAACACAGUAAGGCGUGUGGUUUGGUGGGUGGGUGGACGGACAUUCACCUCUGUUCUGUGUGUUCCAGGCUCUGAACCAGUUGUUUGAGAAGAUCAUGGCUCUGGACAUAGACGAGCGUCACCUCCUGCGUAUGGGCCACGGAGAAGAAGCACUGGAGACUGAGAAAGACUUCAGCAGGUGACUUCAAUGUACACACACACGUCUCUACCUCCCUCUCUCACACACAACCAAAUGAACACAUACUCACAUUAAGUUACACAUUCCUAGCUGACCACACACACACACACACACACAAAACUACACAUGCCCAAUUGAACACACACAUACAGCUAUUUGACCACACAACCAGCUACACACAUGCAGUACACAUACAUACAGUGAACAGUAUACCCAGCUGGCCACACACAUAGUAAGUCUAAGCCAACAGAAUUGUCAAAGACUCCAGCCACCUAAGUCAUAGACUGUUCUCUCUGCUACCGAUGCACCAAGUCUGCAACCAGCAGGACCCUGAACAGCUUCUUCCGCCAAACCAUAAGACUGCUAAAUAGUUAGUCUGGGUAGCUAUUGGUUAACUAUUUAACUUUUUUUGACGCAUACGCUGCUGCUACUGUUUAUUAUCUAUCCUGUUGCCUAGUAACUUUAUUCCUAGUUAUAUGUACAAACACUAUAUAUACAAAAGUAUGUGGACACCCCUUCAAAUUAGUGUGUUUGGCUAUUUCAGCCACACCCAUUGCUGACAGGUGUAUAAAAUCGAGCAGACUGCCAUGCAAUUUCCAUACACAAACAUUGGUAGUAGAAUGGAUUUACUGAAGAGCUCAAGAGAGCUCAGCUCAAUGUCCAACAGACAAAUCUGGGUUUGGCGGAUGACAGGAGAACACUACCUGCCCCAAUGCAUAGUGCCAACUGUAAAGUUUGUUAGAGGGGUAAUAAUGGUCUGGGGCUGUUUUUCAUGGUUCGGGCUAGGCCCCUUAGUUCCAGUGGAGGGAAAUCAUACGCUACAGCAUACAAUGACAUUCUAGACGAUUCUGUGGUUCCAACUUUGUGGCAACAGUUUGGGGAAGGCCCUUUUCUGUUUCAGCAUGAAAAUGCCCCCGUGCACAAAGCGAGGACCAUACAGAAAUGGUUUGUCGAGGUCGGUGUGGAAGAACUUGACUGGCCUGCACAGAGCCCUGACCUCAACCCCAUCGAAAAAACCUAUGGGAUGAAUUGGAACGCCAACUGUGAGCCAGGCCUAAUCGCCCAACAUCAGUGCCCGACCUCACUAAUGCUGUUGUGGCUGAAUGGAAGCAAGUACCCGCAGCAAUGUUCCAACAUCUAGUGGAAAGCCUUCCCAGAAGAGUGGAGGCUGUUAUAGCAGCAAAGGGAGGACCAACUCCAUAUUAAUGCCCAUGAUUUUGGAAUGAGAUGUUGGACGAGCAGGUGUCCACAUACUUUUGGUCAUGUAGUGUAUCUACCUCAAUUACCUCGUACCCCUGCAAAUCGACUCGGUACUGGUAACCCCUGUGUAUAUACCCAAAAUAUCGUUACUCAUUGUGUAUUUAUUAUUACUUUUAUUAUUUUAUGUUUUACUUUAUAUUAUUUCUCUAUUUUCAUUCUCUCUGCAUUGUUGGGAAGGGCCCGUAAGUAAGUAUUUCACUGUUAGUUAACACCUGUUGUUUACGAAGCAUGUGACGAAUUACAUUUGAUUUGAUUUGACAGGGCCAUUCGAUACCCCCAUACACUCGACCCUGUCAUGGCUUUAUCUUCAUUAUGGCCUGCUGCACUCGCCCUCUCUACCCACUCACUCACUCACACUCUCUCACACACACACACUCUCUCUCUCUCUCUCUCUCUCUCUCUCUUUUUCCACCAGCCAUUUCACCGUGAUUAGUGCUCUCAACAUUUUGCUAUGUGUGGGCCUUACUGGCCCAUUUGGCAGUAGAAGCACUGAACUUUGCUUUAGAGUUUUAGUCAUAGGGCCGAGGGGCAACCAAAACUGGUUGGGUCUUCAUGCUGGUUAUAACACAGGGUUAAAGACCCUCCUACAAGGCUGAAAUAAUUAGGAAACCCAUUAUUUCACACUGACGCAAUUUGGGGAAUUAUAUAUGGUUGUGGCUAUGUGUGUCUGUUCAAUGCCUUGAGAGACUGUGACUCAGAGACCUAGCCAGACAGACAGACCUUGAAGAGAGGGAGGGAAACCAGUAUACUGAAACCACUUAAUCCAGACCUGAGACCGAAAGAGGGAGCAAGGGAGAGAAAGAGGGCAAUCUAUGGAUCUUAAAAUACCCAAAAUAUGUAGAGUGAUAUAACUUGUGCUAUUUUUCCAUGACUUCAUGAACCACCUCAAAUGUGUUAUUUAUUAUUGUGUCUGCUUUAAAGACCAAAAUAGAGCCCUUGGUCUAAAAUAGUUCCAACUUCAUUGAAUAUUUAUUUAGUGCUCAUGCAGCAGCCGUUUUCACUAGCUUUGAUCUUGCUGUCAGAAGAACUAACUAUAGCUUUGAGACCCAGGCUAUAUAAGUACUAAUCUCGGUUAACACAGAGCCAAAGGCUUGUGUAAUUGGUCAGAUGCUCGAUUAAGUUCUUGGUCCAUAAGUGUUAAGAGAAGAGAGAGAACGAGAAUCAGAACCGGAACGAAGAACUCCACACUCUCUCUUUGCAAGUUACGGGUAAGUCUAUGGGCCAAAUUUCCCCAAAUUCGAAAGGUACCUGAGUAAUCAUGAUUUGUGCAAAUAACCAGUGAUGAUAAACCCAAGAACCGGAACUAAUGCUGCUCAUUACCUCACGCCUCCUGUAGCUCAAUUGGUAGAGCAUGGCGCUUGCAACGCCAUUGUUGUGGGUUCGAUUCCCACAUGGGGCCAGUAUGAAAAUAAAUGUAUGCACUUUAGCGUCUGCUAAAUGACAAAAAUGUAAAAACAGUACCGUGUAUGUAGUCUGCCCAUGACAGAUUAUAAAAGUAUAAACAUCCAGGAUGAAUAGCCUCAGGCCAUACGUCAGAGCCUGAACAUCAAGGAGUCUGCAGAUACAUCUUCUUUAGCCAAAGGAAACCAUCUUAGCUCAAAGAAUGUCAAUGGAAACCACAACAAAUAGGCCUAGUGAUACAAAUAUACAUUCAGUUGAUUCAGUUGUGUUGCUGUAAAACCCUAGCGAUUCUGGCCCUACUUACCCUUAGCGCACUAAAGUCUUAGCAUUAGGACUUCCAAUAUGGUACUCUUCUGUUUAAAAACAGAAAGUUUUCUCCUGUUUCGUGCCAACUGAACACAGGCCCCUUGUUGCGUAGAGCAGAGCCAGUGAGAAUGGCGUGAGUUGUAUGAGGAGUGGAUGUGACGGCUCUGGAGGAGCACCAUUGCAUUAUGCAGAUCAGCUAAAGCUAGUUACAGUACCAGGAUGAGAGGCUGAGGAAGAGGAGGAUGUUUACAACAUGCGCACUGACUGAAUCAACAUUCACUCCUUUCUUCCUUCCUUCCUUCCGGUCCAAUGACAAGGAAGGAGAAAGCUGGGGAAACUAAUUAACACAGUACUGUAUAGGCUAUGGGAUGAAAAAUGAAGAGGCCUUCUCUUUUCUCAAUGGUCAGCAAAGUUAGUUUAUAGUGAAAUUAAUAUAUAAUACAUUGCCUUUUAAUAAAUAAAUAAAAAUGCUAUAAAUACCCCCCCCCCCCCCCCCCCCUUAACGAGGUAUUGAAAUACUGUGUACAGUAUAUGAAGGACAGAGGUAUAUAGAGCGCUUUUGUGGAAGUUGAAAGCUCUUCAUGACUUAAAAAAAGGUCAGUUUUCUCUCUUUAUUUGGCAGUCUCUCCUGGGAAGGGAGAGCAGAGGGCUGCUUUUGAAACAAGCCACUUUUUCUAUUUGAUCGUCAUCGGCCUGUGUAGUUCUGUUUAUGAAUCAUCUGCUGUGAGGCUUAGCAGGAGAUCUAUUUAAAAGUUAAGGUUUCACUCUCAAGGGCCUCUCAAGUGGCGCAGCGGUCUAAGGCACUGCAGUGCUUGAGGCGUCAUUACAGAUUCGGGUUCGAACCCGGGCUGUGUCGCAGCCGGCCGCGACCGGGAGACCCAUGAGGCGACGCACAAUUUGGCCCAGUGUCGUCCAGUUUAAGGGAGGGUUUGGCCGCUGACACGGUCGGCAGUUGUACGGUGUUUCCUCCGACACAUUGGUGCGGCUGGCUUCCGGGUUAAGCGAGCAGCGUGUCAAGAAGCAGGGCGGCUUGGCAGUGUGGUGUUUUGGAGGACGCAUGGCUCUCGACCUUCGCCUCUCCCAAGUUCGUACAGGAGUUGCAGUGAUGGGACAAGACUGUAACUACCAAUUGGAUAUCACGAAAUUAGGGAGAAAAAGCGGUAAAAAAACAUUUAAUAAACAACAACAAAGUUUCACUCUCACACACACAGCACAGCAGUGUUUGGGUGACAUCGGACAUAGCAUGUCCAGGUGUCACUGCCACCCACUAAUCGUCUUUCUGGUUUGUUGUGGCAGCACACCGGGACGCCUGACUAGACAAAAGAUUACUCUGUUUUCUGUGUUUUUGUCUUUUCAGUUUGUUGAAAAGCGAACUAUUGUGUUUAUUUUACACUCUUUGUUUGACAGUCAUUUUUGAGCUCUGUAUUUAUUCAAUAUCAGUCAUUGUAACAAGUGUAGGUAAGUUAAGCCUUGUUUAAAAAUAUGAACAUUUAACUUUUAUUUUUGUGUAAAUGUUUUAAGCUAUUGAAACGGACAACUUAAUAGUGGCCAAUGCAGCUGCAAUGCCUGUUAUACCUUAUCAAUGCUAUUACAUGUAUUAGUGAAGACUGCAAUUUGGUCCUUCUGGCUAUUCGCUCCCAUCGCCUCAGCAACCAAAACUAUUAAUAGCCAGCUUUGAGUUUGGGUUCUUAAACUUUAGAUUUGAUUUUAUCCAUUAUUCGCGCAUGAAGGGUGAUGGAAAACAUAUUUUGGGGUUUUGAAACUAUAUCCCUAGGCUGUGAUGUCACAGGUUUAGACUUCAGUUCUCCUCACAACAUUAACAUUUCCCCUCAGAAUGAUGUGAUUUGACCCUUAGAUCACGAGACUAAUCUAAUCUGGCUAUGGAGAGGCAGGCAAUGUUUAGGGAAGGUUGGGGCUAUUAUCAUCAUAGGAAUAUGGCGUAAUGGUGUUUGUAUAGGGUGGUUGUUACUAGUUUGAUACUGUACCAGGCCUCCAGGUACGAUGAGAGAAUGGUUGGAUGUUGGAAUGAGUUCCAGGAAUAUAACCGCCCUUCUAUGGUCCAAUUCAACUGACUGAAAUGGAACUGAUACUGUUGUUUGCUUUCUUAAAGUAUUGAAGGGUAAACUAUGUAUGGAUGGAUGUGGUAUAUGUUGUGUUCAGGUAUGGGCGUGUGAACUACGUGCUGGCCAGGAGGCUAGAGCUGCUCAGAGAGGUGGGCCGUCUGCAAGAGAGUCUAGACGUCCCCGGAGACGUGUCCUACACGUGUGAGACCGCCGGACACUUCUACCUCUACCAGGUCAGUACAGGAGGGGGGGGAUGGAUUGGGCGUGUGUUUGGGGAUAAUAGAUGUGAAUGUGUGUGACAGUAGAGUAAAGGUAAUGCAUUUUCCAGAUUAAUCAGUAAUUCCUGAUCCUGACCUGCAAAAAUUGGGAAUAAAAUGUAUCACUAAAAUACAAAAUUUAAGGGGGUGAGAUGCUGCCAAUCUCAUCCCAGUGCAGUAAGUGUCAGUAUCUUCCUAACGCUUCAAAUCCGCCUCGACAGCAAAUACCAAAAUAUUAUACCAUAUCCUCCAUUUAUUUCUGUCACCUAAUUACCGAAUACCGACUCCAGGAAAAAUGCCACAGCAGACAGUUAUGGAUCAGGCAGCAUGCAUCAGCAGAAUGGCCCAGAAUAGACAACAUAGCUUUUUAAACAAAGAGGAGACAACCCAAGUCAACUGUCAAUUUAAGAGGACCAGAGAGAGCUCAUAAAAUAGCCCAGAUCUGAAAUCAAGAAGAGUGGAGAGGAUAUCUCACUGAGGCUGGAAGACAGAGGGGUGUAGAGGGGAGACAGUGGAGGGAGACAGUGGGGUGUAGGGUUGAAUAUUGUCCCGGUAUUUUACAAAUGUUCAUUCUAAAGUAUAUAAAUAUGUCUGUAUUUGAUUAGUGCUUUGAUCGGCAUUAAAAUUCAAGCCUGAUGCUACCUGAGCCUGAUGAGCCAUACAUUAAAGACAUUUAAUGAGCCAUACAUUAAAGACAUUUUAUGAGCCCUACAUUAAAUGAGCCCUACAUUAAAGACAUUUUAUUUGCCCAAGCCCAUAAAAGCCCAAAUGAUUGAGCCGUUAUCCAAUACAUAGCUUAUCUUACAGUGGGGGAAAAAGUAUUUAGUCAGCCACCAAUUGUGCAAGUUCUCCCACUUAAAAAGAUGAGAGGCCUGUAAUUUUCAUCAUAGGUACACGUCAACUAUGACAGACAAAAUGAGGGAAAAAAAAUUCCAGAAAAUCAAAUUGUAGGAUUUUUACUGAAUUUAUUUGCAAAUUAUGGUGGAACAUAAGUAUUUGGUCAAUAACAAAAGUUUCUCAAUACUUUGUUUUAUACCCUUUGUUGGCAAUGACACAGGUCAAACGUUUUCUGUAAGUCUUCACAAGGUUUUCACACACUGUUGCUGGUAUUUUGGCCCAUUCCUCCAUGCAGAUCUCCUCUAGAGCAGUGAUGUUUUGGGGCUGUCGCUGGGCAACACGGACAUUCAACUCCCUCCAAAGAUUUUCUAUGGGGUUGAGAUCUGGAGACUGGCUAGGCCACUCCAGGACCUUGAAAUGCUUCUUACGAAGCCACUCCUUCGUUGCCCGGGCGGUGUGUUUGGGAUCAUUGUCAUGCUGAAAGACCCAGCCACGUUUCAUCUUCAAUGCCCUUGCUGAUGGAAGGAGGUUUUCACACGGAUCAGUCGUCCUGGUCCCUUUGCAGAAAAACAGCCCCAAAGCAUGAUGUUUCCACCCCCAUGCUUCACAGUAGGUAUGGUGUUCUUUGGAUGCAACUCAGCAUUCUUUGUCCUCCAAACACGACGAGUUGAGUUUUUACCAAAAAGUUCUAUUUUGGUUUCAUCUGACCAUAUGACAUUCUCCCAAUCCUCUUCUGGAUCAUCCAAAAUGCACUCUAGCAAACUUCAGACGGGCCUGGACAUGUACUGGCUUAAGCAGGGGGACACGUCUGGCACUGCAGGUUUUGAGUCCCUGGCGGCGUAGUGUGUUACUGAUGGUAGGCUUUGUUACUUUGGUCCCAGCUCUCUGCAGGUCAUUCACUAGGUCCCCCGUGUGGUUCUGGGAUUUUUGCUCACCGUUCUUGUGAUCAUUUUGACCCCACAGGGUGAGAUCUUGCGUGUUGCCCCAGAUCAAGGGAGAUUAUCAGUGGUCUUGUAUGUCUUCCAUUUCCUAAUAAUUGCUCCCACAGUUGAUUUCUUCAAACCAAGCUGCUUACCUAUUGCAGAUUCAGUCUUCCCAGCCUGGUGCAGGUCUACAAUUUUGAUUCUGGUGUCCUUUGACAGCUCUUUGGUCUUAGCCAUAGUGGAGUUUGGAGUGUGACUGUUUGAGGUUGUGGACAGGUGUCUUUUAUACUGAUAUCAAGUUCAAACAGGUGCCAUUAAUACAGGUAACGAGUGGAGGACAGAAGAGCCUCUUAAAGAAGAAGUUACAGGUCUGUGAGAGCCAGAAAUCUUGCUUGUUUGUAGGUGACCAAAUACUUAUUUUCCACCAUAAUUUGCAAAUAAAUUCAUUAAAAAUCCUACAAUGUGAUUUUCCGGAUUUUUUUUCCUCAAUUUGUCUGUCAUAGUUGACGUGUACCUAUGAUGAAAAUUACAGGCCUCUCUCAUCUUUUUAAGUGGGAGAACUUGCACAAUUGGUGGCUGACUAAAUACUUUUUUCCCCCACUGUAUAUAGGCUACCGCACAUUACAAACGACAGAAAACAUAAAAACCCAUAGAUGUAGCUAGCUAUAUGCUCUCUUGGGUAAAUACAUGAAACUAGCUCCAGUAGGCUAAUCUUUUUGUGUGGACUGAAUUACUGUACUUGAUUGUAUUAUACUGAAUUAUAUGGACAGGAAUUACACACCUCGUUCAAACCAUGAAGCUGGGAGAGAACAUGUAAUGCUGGUGCAGAACAUGCGGCCAAUAAAGUUACAAUUACGGUCUAGCGAAUUAGUUUAAUUUUGAAAUAUAAAAUUGCUUAUUUGACAUGUUUAUAGUUAGUAGGCUGACACAUGUAUACCUUUCAUAAUAUUUCCACUGUUGUGCAACAUGCAUAUUAGCUUACCUCGUCUUUCUCUCUUGCGUCAUUCCUUCCUCCCUUCAACAGUUAAAUGAAAUAAGUUUAGUUGUCCUUCAUCAUUGUAAUGACAUGCUUGAAUAAUAUACGACUAGAAUAAGAUGCAGACGGCUGUAAUUUCUCUUCACGGAGAUUGAAUGGUUAUGGGUCUGAACAAAUAACUGCGAUAGCCUACCGCCAUCGCAAGUUCUCUUUCAAACAUCAGACUGUUAAAAAGCCAUCACUAGUUGGCUACCACCCGGUUACUCAACACUGCACCUUAGAGGCUGCUGCCCUAUAUACAUAGACAUGGAAUCACUGGUCACUUUAAUAAUGUUAACAUACUGCUUUACUCAUUUCAUAUGGAUGUACUGUAUUCUAUUCUACUGUAUUUUAGUCAAUGCCACUCCGGCAUUGCUCCCUUUGUGUGUAUUGUUGUGAAUUGUUAGAUACUACUGCACUGUUGGAGCUAGGAACACAAGCAUUUCGCUACACCUGCAAUAACAUCUGCUAAAUAUGUGUAUGUGACCAAUGAAAUUUGAUUUGAUUUGAAACUCCCUGUGAGUUCAAUUGGCUGCUGUAUUUAACAUGUAGAAAACAAGAGCUUGCAUCCCUCUUCGAAUGGUCUAUUAGUAUAAGAAAUGCAAAAACAAAAAUGUCCAGCAAGCUAUUCUAGUCUAGAUUUUCAUGGGACUACAAGAGCUAAGGAGCGUUUUAUAAGGAGAGAGGCCAGCGGAGCGCAGGUGCGUAUUGCGCAAGAGACAGAGGCUAUAAGUUAGAAGCUUAUGCAUAACCCAUCAUUCAUUAGCUAAAUAUAAGGCUAAUACUGCAUUGGAUGUAUUACCUGAAAGAGGUAGGCUAGGACAUCUAUCUAGCUACACACUUAAGUGUACAAAACAUUAAGAACACCUGCUCUUUCCAUGACAUAGACUGACAAGGUGAAUCCAGGUGAAACCUAUCAUCCCUUAUUGUGUCACUUGUUAAAUCCACUUCAAUCACUGUAGAUGAAGGGGAGGAGACUGGUUAAAGAAAGAUGUUUAAGCCUUGAGACAUGGAUUGUGUAUGUAUGCCAUUCUUAGGGUGAAUGAGCAAGACAAAAGAUUUAAGUGCCUUUGACGGGGUAUGGUAGUAGGUACCAGGUGCACAUGUUUGUGUCAAGAACUGCAACACUGCUGGGUUUUUCAUGCUCAACAGUUUCCUGUGUGUAUCAAGAAUGGUCCACCACCCAAAGGACAUCCAGCCAACUUGACAGAACUGUGGGAAGCAUUGGAGUCAAUAUGGGCCAGCAUCCCUGUGGAAUGCUUUUGGCACCUUGUAGAGUCCAUGCCCCGACGAAUUGAGGCUGUUCUGAGGGCAAAAGGGAGAAAGGUGCAACUCAAUAUUAGGAAGGUGUUCCUAAUGUUUCGUAUACUCAGUGUACAGUGAGGAAAAAAAGUAUUUGAUCCCCUGCUGAUUUUGUACGUUUGCCCACUGACAAAGAAAUGAUCGGUCUAUAAUUUUAAUGGUAGGUUUAUUUGAACAGUGAGAGACAGAAUAACAAGAAAAUCCAGAAAAACGCAUGUCAAAAAUGUUAUGAAUUGAUUUGCAUUUUAUUGAGGGAAAUAAGUAUUUGACCCCUCUGCAAAACAUGACUUAGUACUUGGUGGCAAAACCCUUGUUGGCAAUCACAGAGGUCAGACGUUUCUUGUAGUUGGCCACCAGGUUUGCACACAUCUCAGGAGGGAUUUUGUCCCACUCCUCUUUGCAGAUCUUCUCCAAGUCAUUAAGGUUUCGAGGCUGACGUUUGGCAACUCGAACCUUCAGCUCCCUCCACAGAUUUUCUAUGGGAUUAAGGUCUGGAGACUGGCUAGGCCACUCCAGGACCUUAAUGUGCUUCUUCUUGAGACACUCCUUUGUUGUCAUUGUCAUGCUGGAAUACCCAUCCACGACCCUUUUUCAAUGCCCUGGCUGAGGGAAGGAGGUUCUCACCCAAGAUUUGACGGUACAUGGCCCCGUCCAUCGUCCCUUUGAUGCGGUGAAGUUGUCCUGUCCCCUUAGCAGAAAAACACCCCCAAAGCAUAAUGUUUCCACCUCCAUGUUUGACUGUGGGGAUGGUGUUCUUGGGGUCAUAGGCAGCAUUCCUCCUCCUCCAAACACGGCGAGUUGAGUUGAUGCCAAAGACCUCGAUUUUGGUCUCAUCUGACCACAACACUUUCACCCAGUUCUCCUCUGAAUCAUUCAGAUGUUCAUUGGCAAACUUCAGACUGACCUGUAUAUGUGCUUUCUUGAGCAGGGGGACCUUGCGGGCACUGCAGGAUUUCAGUCCUUCACGGCGUAGUGUGUUACCAAUUGUUUUCUUGGUGACUAUGGUCCCAGCUGCCUUGAGAUCAUUGACAAGAUCCUCCCGUGUAGUUCUGGGCUGAUUCCUCACCGUUCUCAUGAUCAUUGCAACUCCACGAGGUGAGAUCUUGCAUGAAGCCCCAGGCCGAGGGAGAUUGACAGUUCUUUUGUGUUUUUUCCAUUUGUGAAUAAUCGCACCAACUGUUGUCACCUUCUCACCAAGCUGCUUGGCGAUGGUCUUGUAGCCCAUUCCAGCCUUGUGUAGGUCUACAAUCUUGUCCCUGACAUCCUUGGAGAGCUCUUUGGUCUUGGCCAUGGUGGAGAGUUUGGAAUCUGAUUGAUUGAUUGCUUCUUUGGACAAGUGUCUUUUAUACUGGUAACAAGCUGAGAUUAGGAGCACUCCCUUUAAGAGUGUGCUCCUAAUCUCAGCUCGUUACCUGUAUAAAAGACACCUGGGAGCCAGAAAUCUUUCUGAUUGAGAGGGUUCAAAUACUUAUUUCCCUCAUUAAAAUGCAAAUCAAUUUAUUUUUCAACAUUUUUGACAUGUGUUUUUCUGGAUUUUUUGGUUGUUAUUCUGUCUCUCACUGUUCAAACAAACCUACCAUUAAAAUUAUAGACUGAUCAUUUCUUUGUCAGUGGGCAAACGUACAAAAUCAGCAGGGGAUCAAAUACUUUUUUCCCUCACUGUACAUAUACAAAAAUAUAAACGCAACAUGUAAAGUGUUGGUCGCAUGUUUCAUGAGCUGAAAUAAAAGAUCCCAGAAAUGUUCCAUACGCACAAAAAGCUUACUUCUCUUAGAUGUUGUGUAUACAUGUGUUUACAUCCCUGUUAGUGAGCAUUUCUCCUUUGCCAAGAUAAUCCAUCCAGCUGACAGUUGUGGCAUAUCAAGAGGCUGAUUAUACAGCACAUUUCUGGGAUCUUUUAUUUCAGCUCAUGAAACAUGGGAUCAACACUUUACAUGUUGCGUUUAUAUUUUUGUUCAGUGUAAAUCCACUAUGCCAGUCAGGUGUCUCCCUUCUGAUUUCUAACACAACAUUAUGGACAACUCCCAUAACAUUGUCAUAAAUGGUUAUACAUGAGAGAUCGGUGUGUAGGCCAGGGCACUCCUCACAGAUGAAGAGUGAUGGACAUUUAUCCUCUUCUCCCUUCCCACUUUAUCUUCCCUUAUCACUCUAAGACCUUCAAUGGGAUUGGACAAUAGGCCUGGCAAUGCGCAGAGUAGAAUGUCCUGAUGGAUGAUAUCAGGGGUGGAUAAUGGUCUCUGUUAAUCGUUGUAGCCUAUUAAGCCAGAUGGCCAAGCUACAUCCCCAUUUGUAAUACUGAUUAAAUUGCAAAUUGUUCCACAGUUCCCUAAGGCUGCGUUCUUUAUUUCGCAACCGUGCCUGUGUGUGUUUUCAUCUAUGCCUAUGACUGUGCCCCUUUACGUGAUCCCAAGGGUGUGUUCGUAUGAAGAAGCGUGCAUGCGCUUUGAGUUAGGGCUGGGCGAUAUGGCCUAAAAAUCAUAUCUCCAUUUUUUUCAAACUUGUGUGAUUCACGAUAUAUCUAGAUUUUGUUUUUUGUUUUAAUUCUCAAAAUAAGCUUUGUUGUACAAUUAAAGGUCAAAUACACUGCAUUUCAAGCAGUCAGCAAUAAUCGAAUGAAUUCAGGGCUUGUGAAAUUAUACCUAAGCUAAAUAUUAGCCUUCCACAACCAUAAGACCCACAAAUCAAAAUAGUUUAACCUGCUUUUUUUUGUAAUAAUCACUGAUCUGGCUUUCAAGUCUAUGAAAAUGCCCUUUUUGUAACAAAUAAUGACUAACUUCUUGUAGCAGGAAUUAUAGAAAAUUAACACGGGUCUCAAACAAUCUCUCAAGCACAAGCCCAUGUGCUAGUGAGUAGCCAGCUAAUCUAUAUAUUUUAUGUUUAGCCAACUUGGAUCUAUUUGCUAGCUAACAAGGUAGAACAGUUUCAUUAUUAUGCACACACAGUUCUGUCCGUCUCCAACUGCUUUACCUUACUUAUGAGAAUGAGUUGCCAAUUCCUUAUAUAAUUGUGCUUUAUGCUUAUUGCACAUUUAUAAACACAGUCUAGACAGCUAGUAUAAAGGUCUUUGGCUAAAAUGCUGCUAGCGGUACAUGGUACCGCAAUGCUGCGCACGACAAACUGAGCAUUAUUAUCCAGAAUCAAUGUUCAUUGAUACUCCUGUUUUAUUGAGACAUAAAAAGGGUGUCUUUAGAAAGGUUAACUUCUCCUCUAUUGCAGGAAAACAAUGUCUCAAUGCGUUUCGGUAUCCAUAUGACCUAUUCUGUUGGACCAAACCUCAAAUGCAAAUAUGGAGUUGAAACCGCUUGUCAGACACAAAGAAGUUAUCUCUCAUUUUUGUUGUUGGCAGGGGGAGGGGCUUGGUGUAAAGCAAAACUUGAUUCUUGUGAUAGGUGCAUUUGGAAUAUCGCACUAAAACAUUAAUUAAAUAUAUUACCCAUUCCUACUUUGAAUGUGACGCAACUGUAUUUAUCUUUGAGUGAAGAGCCAGACUUGUAACAUCCAGGGAGGCUGUCUGGUGUCCUCUCUCUCCCCGCUGCAGGUGAUGUCUCGUUGGGAAGAGUACAUGUCCAAGGUCAGGUGUAAGCAGGGCCGGCCGGUGGAGGCGGAGGCCGUGGCUACACACUUCCCCUUCCACAAGUAUUUCUCCAACGCCCCCCAGCCUGUGUUCCACGGUCGCUCCUACGAAGAAGACCUGGACAUCGCUGAGGGCUGCUACCGACACAUCAAGAAGAUCUUUACCCAGCUGGAGGUAGGCAGGCCACACACACACACACACACACACACACACACAUCACAUGUUUACGUAGCUGAAGGGACAUGCACAAUACACCAAGAAGAUCCUCACUCUGUCAGAGACAAACACACAACAUUUACAUUUUACAUUUUUAGUCAUUUAGCAGACGCUCUUAUCCAGAGUGACUUACAUGAGCAAUUAGGGUUAAGUGCCUUGCUUAAGGGCACAUCGACAGAUUUUUCACCUAGUCGGCUCGGGGAUUAGAACCAGCGACCUUUCGGUUACUGGCACAACGCUCUUACCCACUAAGCUACCUGCCACUCUUGAACGAACACACAAACCAUCUUCACCCCAUUCAGAGGUAAUUAUGUCACACACAAACACACACACCAUGUCAGCGGUUUGGAUAUUCCUCACGGGUCAUUAGCCAUCUUUGUGUGUGUGGUCAGGUGGGAGUAGGAACGCUGAACACACGUGAUUCUGUUUACCCAACUGAUGCCAUGACAGUUCUGCCCAGGCUCACUAGUGAUUGGUCCGAUUCUGACCCUCUCUCCCACUCCUACUGGAGAAGUAGCCAUUGGGACAUCGCACUGAAUCACAGUUUUUUGUGUUUCUGUUGUGAUAUUAAGAGUUUGUAAUAUGAUGUGGUUUCAUUCUUUUUCACCCUCAUUAUUAAAUCUCUCACUCAAUCUCUUUUUCACUCACUCACUCCCUCUGUUUAUGAGUGUGUUCUGUGAGACAUGGGUUGGAAUUACAUGAUGAUUUGGUGACAUAUCACCCUGUGCCCCCUCCCCCUCCUCCCCUGACCCCAUUGGCAGUGACACAGGACCUGUUGUCUGUCUCCCCAGAUGCAGAUGGAAGAUUAUAGGGCCUUUCACUCACCCUGCAUUCCCUACACAUACAGUACACACACAGCAGGUUUUCUGUUAGGAAAAUGUGGUGCCGGACAUUUUAAUUUACCGGACAUUUGAGAAAUGUAUGCAAAUUUACGCAUUAAAUGCAUUGGGUACGUAACCUGAUCAGGGUGUCCACCCACGGUGCUCAGAAUUACAGAAAUUACAUUUAGAUAAUGGUCAUUCAUAUUAACAGAAUAUGCAAGUCGAGGAUGCAAUGAUGUGCGGUCCUUCUUACCGAAUUCUGAUGCCCACUUUGAAGAUGUUAGAAUGACUGUCCACAUUUACUUUUCCUCAGCCAACAAGAUGAGUAGUAAACAGAAAAAUCACUAGCCUAUGUCAAUCUACUAUCCCCCAUAGUAGAAAAGUUUACAUAUUCUAUUGGUCAGCUUGUCGAGAAAGAAAUAGCCUAUUCCAAACAGACUCUGGGGCAGUUGUGGGACGAUAGAUCCCAAAUCCAUACAACCAGUAGGCCUAGGAAACAUUAAAAAACAUUAAAAAGCGAUGAGUCUGAUGCAACAGAUCAGAACAUUUAGCUGAAAAUGUUGAUUAACUAUUGUUUCUUGACACUGUAAGUGCUGCAAUGAGCACAAGGCAGUAGACUACGUGUGAAUGUUCCUUCCAUAAUGCAAUUAACGGGAAAACACUGUUGUCAAAGCACACCGCAGAUGCAAGUGGUUUCAUGUGACAGAUAUGAAAAUAUUUGUUAAAAAUUUUGAAAGAGGGGAAAUCUAAUAUGCAACAACUAGCAUGGGUUGCUAAUAUGACUAUGAUUGUGCCUUUGGCUACUGGACAAUAAAUAAAAUAAUUGCCUCCACGGCUAUGGUCUGAUUUUGGCUAGGCUACUUUGAAGCAAGGGAAGACAUGCCUCAUAAUAUCUAGUACACUUUCAGGUUUCAAACUAUUUAAGUAUAUGUUUUCAAAAUGCAUACAGCCUCCAACUCAUUGUAAAGUGGUGUGUGACGUGCUGAUGAAGCCUGCCUUCUGUUGCCUAUGCAUUUGCUGUUUGAGAUGCUGUAGCAGCAGCUCUCGCACUGUCUGUCAGAUUUUCCUCUCAAAGGCUCUGUAUCUGUAUGCUGUAAGCGUGUGAUAAGACACAUAACGAAUAUACUUUACACACGCGCCAAUUUAAUUUCACUAAAUUAUGCAAAUUAACCUAUAGACCGAUGAGUAUGACCAGUAAAAUGUAUUUACAUCAACUGGUAUUUACGUCAAUGAAUAGGCUUAAAAGCAUUAUUUCGCAAUUUGAUUUUUUCUUAUUCUCCUGGACAAUUGGCCGGUGGCAAUUAUAUUUAUCGGCAUUGCAAUUUUUUAAUCGGCCAAAAGCCGGCUGUUACCAGCUAACGGAAACGCUGACACACACAGUCACACACACACACACACAUAAACGCACUCGUCUGCUGCCCCUCCUGGUUGUAUCCAGUCUUUAUAUAGAGAUAACAAUAACAUUAGAGAUUUAUGGGAGCCGUGCGAAGGCCUUGCAGAAGCAAUAAAGAAGUUAUUGGGUGGAGGUAAUAUCCUAACAUGUAUGUGUGGUCUUGAUUUAUCUGGCAUCCCCCGUAUCACUAGCUGCAUCACAUCAGACAGGAGCACCUUACUAUGUUCCCUCAGCUCAGCCUCGCCCAUGAUGCUGCUGCAGAGAUAUGUCUGUCUCCCCCCGCUCAGAGACGUUAGAAUCUCCCUCUAGAAUCACAGGAGAAUGAAAGUGAUCCGCCUCGGUGUCUGUUGCCUGCAAGGAGUGUUUAAAGAUAAAGGUUGUGUUUAUGAGAUGCCAUCUAAGCAGACGAUGCCAUCACGCACGCACGCGCACACACACAGUCAGUUUCCCUGAAUGAAAAGGACCGGCCAGAACUCAGCAUGUACAGACAUCUACCGCGACAUCCAUCCCUAUGCCGUUUAUCCUAUUUUCUUCCUCCAUUCUUUCUCUCCUUUCAGUCUGAGUGAAUCCGCCCAGGGAGGGAAGAAUUCCGGCUUCAUUUCACCCUUCAACCGCUGAGGAACCACAGGCGUUAAAAUUAGAGCUAAUUAAUAUUGCAUGUUUUGAUUGGGUUUAAUAUUAAUGUUAAAAUAGUAACGCAUCAAAUAUUAAUAUUCUCUAGUGCACUCAAAGGCUCCGCUUUUCCUUUCAGGAAAGCACCCCCAAUCUUGCUUUUCCCAUUCAGACGAGGCCUGGAAGGGAAUCUGUUGUGAAGUGCUUGGCUGCUCACUAACCUUCUAUUGAACAGUAACCCAUACCCUUUUAAAUUCUCACCUAGCCUGCCGCUAAGGAUAGAAAAGACUAAAAAGGAGGAGAUGGCAGAGUAUCGUGUCAUGUGAGAUGGCAGAAGAAAGUAAAGCUAUUAGGAUAAUAACUGUAGAUGCCGGUUGCACAUCCAGUCCUGAUCUCAAGGAUUUCCUAAAAGCGUAGAAGAGGUCAAAUAAAAAAAUCCAAAUAAAAUCUUAUUGGUCGCAUACACAUAUUUAGCAGAUGUUAUUGCGGGUGUAGCGAAAUGCUUGUGUUCCUAGCUCCAACAGUGCAGUAGUAUCUAACAAUUCACAACAAUACACAAUCUAAAAGUAAAAUAAUGGAAUUAAGAAAAGUCACGUGCAAUUACUCUUAUGUUUCACUAUUUGUUUUGGUGCGUCUUCCAAGGAAUUGGUUUUGUUCGUUUUUUACAAUGACCUUGUAUGACCUCCUGUUGUAGAGGUUGACUAUAGAAGAGAUGGUCACAUACUUGAUAAUGAUCCUGUAUUUUGGCAUCAGUGACAUUUUGACAUCCGAUGUAUUGGUUGUUUAUUUAGAAUAUUUAGUUAAAAUGGAAUCCACAAGGAUGUGAUCUACUGUAAGUGUUAUACUACUCUUCAAUUUUACGUCUAAGGAUGAUUGUCUUCCAUCAUAUGUCAUCUAAUGACAAACAUUAGAUCACUGUGGUGUAGCCCUUAGAACCAGUCGUCACUACCUGUCCAUGCUGACGAUUUAACCUCUAACCCUGACCUCUAUCCCUAACCCCAGACUGAGCAGUCGUCUUACUAGUGUGUGUGUGUGUGUGUGUGUGACCAUCAGGAGUUCCGUGCCUUUGAGCUGUUGAGGAGCGGACUGGACCGCUCCAAGUACCUGCUUGUGAAGGAGGCUAAGAUCAUCGCCAUGACCUUUACCCACACUGCCCUCAAACGCCAUGACCUGGUGGAGCUGGGGAUUUGGGGGGAUUUUUCUGCCAUUGAAAUCCUUGGGCGGGCCACCUAAGCCACCCAAAAAAAAUCUAAAAAGAAAUUACAGUGGGGAGAACAAGUAUUUGAUACACUGCCGAUUUUGCAGGUUUUCCUACUUACAAAGCAUGUAGAGGUCUGUAAUUUUUAUCAUAGGUACACUUCAACUGUGAGAGACUGAAUCUAAAACAAAAAUCCAGAAAUUCACAUUGUAUGAUUUUUAAGUAAUUAAUUUGCAUUUUAUUGCAUGACAUAAGUAUUUGAUCACCUACCAACCAGUAAGAAUUCCGGCUCUCACAGACUUGUUAGUUUUUCUUUAAGAAGCCCUCCUGUUCUCCACUCAUUACCUGUAUUAACUGCACCUGUUUGAACUCGUUACCUGUAUAAAAGACACCUGUCCACACACUCAAUCAAUCAGACUCCAACCUCUCCACAAUGGCCAAGACCAGAGAGCUGUGUAAGGACAUCAGGGAUCAAAUUGUAGAACUGCACAAGGCUGGGAUGGGCUACAGGACAAUAGGCAAGCAGCUUGGUGAGAAGGCAACAACUGUUGGCGCAAUUAUUAGAAAAUGAUAGAAGUUCAAGAUGACGGUCAAUCACCCUCGGUCUGGGGCUCCAUGCAAGAUCUCACCUCAUGGGGCAUCAAUGAUCAUGAGGAAGGUGAGGGAUCAGCCCAGAACUACACGGCAGGACCUGGUCAAUGACCUGAAGAGAGCUGGGACCACAGUCUCAAAGAAAACCAUUAGUAACACACUAUGCCGUCAUGGAUUAAAAUCCUGCAGAGCAUGCAAGGUCCCCCUGCUCAAGCCAGCGCAUGUCCAGGCCCGUCUGAAGUUUGCCAAUGACCAUCUGGAUGAUCCAGAGGAGGAAUGGGAGAAGGUCAUGUGGUCUGAUGAGACAAAAAUAGAGCUUUUUGGUCUAAACUCCACUUGCCGUGUUUGGAGGAAGAAGAAGGAUGAGUACAACCCCAAGAACUCCAUCCCAACCGUGAAGCAUGGAGGUGGAAACAUCAUUCUUUGGGGAUGCUUUUCUGCAAAGGGGACAGGACGACUGCACCGUAUUGAGGGGAGGAUGGAUGGGGCCAUGUAUCGCGAGAUCUUGGCCAACAACCUCCUUCCCUCAGUAAGAGCAUUGAAGAUGGGUCGUGGCUGGGUCUUCCAGCAUGACAACGACCCGAAACACACAGCCAGGGCAACUAAGGAGUGGCUCCGUAAGAAGCAUCUCAAGGUCCUGGAGUGGCCUAGCCAGUCUCCAGACCUGAACCUAAUAGAAAAUCUUUGGAGGGAGCUGAAAGUCCAUAUUGCCCAGCGACAGCCCCGAAACCUGAAGGAUCUGGAGAAGGUCUGUAUGGAGGAGUGGGCCAAAAUCCCUGCUGCAGUGUGUGCAAACCUGGUCAAGACCUACAGGUAAUGUAUGAUCUCUGUAAUUGCAAACAAAGGUUUCUGUACCAAAUCUUAAGUUCUGCUUUUCUGAUGUAUAAAAUACUUAUGUCAUGCAAUAAAAUGCAAAUUAAUUACUUAAAAAUCAUACAAUGUGAUUUUCUGGAUUUUCUGUAUCUCAGCGCCAUGGAGAAAUGUGUAGAAUUGCAGGAAAUUGGCUAAAAAUAAAAGUCUACACCACCAUGGUGGGGCCUCUAAAAUGUUAUCUAAAAUUCUGCUGUGCCGAUGGGCCGACCACGCCCUCUGCCAUGCCCACCAACUCCCUUUUAAUCCAGAAAAAAACCUGUACAUAAAGAUCAGACACACACAUAGUACUUGAGUCAGAGGCAACUCGACACUUACACUUGUUUUCUUUUGUUUUCAGUAUGACAACAUCCUGAUGGAGGAAGCAGCUCAGAUCCUGGAGAUUGAGACCUUCAUCCCUCUCCUGCUACAAGUAAAUUACUACAGCCAGACCUGAAAACCCACCAGAGCUAAACCCCUUUAUUCAGGUCUAAAGCCCAUCUACAGGUCUAUACUUCACCUGAAAAGAGAACUCCCUGUCACUCAGGAUUAAUGGGUCCAUCCAGACUUUAUAGAGCCCCACAGUGGAGGUGUCAUAAUACCCAUAAAACCUAGCGGUCAAACAGGGAAAUGGUUCCAAUCUUUUUUCCACCAUUCAUUUUUCCCAUAGGGGAUUUUAGAAACACUUAAAAUAAGGGCUGUGUUUUGUGUAAGCUUACUCUGGCAUGACGAGAUUUACACGGUUAUCAAAACGUCACGCCAGGGGUAAGCCUACACGAAACACAGUCCUUAUUUUAUGUGUUUCUACAAUCCCCUAUGGGAAAAAUGAAUGGUGGAAAAAAGAUUGGAACCAUUUCCCUGUUUGACCUCCAGGUUUUAUGGGUAUUAUGACUCAUACUGUGGUACUCUAUGGGGCUGUCAAUGCUGGGGCCUAAUAUCCUCAGAUAGCACUAGGGUCUGUUUAGAGGAGACCAUUAAGCCACAUCAACCUGGCCAAUUACCUCUUAGUCUCGCUCUAACCAAUGCAAACAUCCAGCCCAUCAUGCCUUCUGUUGUAGUACCCACUACGCGCGGAGUAACGAUAAUCCACCUUCCCCACAUCCCCCCCACCCCUCGUUUUCCUUACAUUGCAUCCCCAUCGGUGAUUGAAUCAGGCUUGACUUACAAGCCUUGGUAAUAUCAGGUUUGUCUGGGGCAAGCCCUCAUUAAACUCUCCCUCCUAAUCAGCAGCAGCAGAGCUAACUCAUCAUUCUCUAUCCAACCUCUACUCUCACAUGACUUGGCAGGGGCGCAGCCAUGGGUGGGCCUGGGAGGGCAUAACCCCACCCACUGGAGCCAGGCCCACCCACUGGGGAGCCAGGCCCACCCAAUCAGAAUUCGUUUUUGCCCACAAAAGGGCUUUAUUACAGACAGAAAUACAGCUGUCCGGGUGGCUGGUCUCUGACGAUCCCGCAGGUGAAGAAGCCAGAUGUGGAGGUUCUGGGCUGGCGUGGUUACACCUGUUCUGCGGUUGUGAGGCCGGUUGGACAUACUGUCAAAUUCUCUAAAACGACAUUGAAGAAAUUAACAUUUUAUUCUCUGGCAACAGCUCUGGUAGACAUUCCUGCAGUCAGCAUGCCAAUUGCACGCUCCCUCAAAACUUGAGACAACUGUGGCAUUGUGUUGUGUGACAAAACUGCACAUUUUAGAGAGUACUUUUAUUGUCUACAGCACAAGGUGCACCUGUGGAAUGAUCAUGCUGUUUAAUCAGCUUCUUGAUGUGCCACACUUGACAGGUGGAUGGAUUAUCUUGGCAAAGGAGAAAUGCUCACUAACAGGGAUGUAAACAAAUGUAUGUGGACACCUGCUCGUCGAACAUCUCAUGCCAAAAUCAUGGGCAUUAAUAUGGAGUUGGUCACCCCAUUUGCUGCUAUAACAGCCUCCACUCUUCUGGGAAGGCUUUCUACUAGAUGUUGGAACAUUACUGCGGGGACUUGCUUCCAUUCAGCUACAAGAGCAUUAGUGAGGUUGGGCAAUUAGGCCUGGCUCGCAGUCGGUGUUCCAAUUCAUCCCAAAGGUGUUCGAUGGGGUUGAGGUCAGGGCUCUGUGCAGGCCAGUCAAGUUCUUCGACACUGAUCUCGACAAACCAUUUCUGUAUGGGCCUCGCUUUGUCCUCGGGGGCUUUGUCAUGCUGAAACAGGAAAUGGCCUUCCCCAAGUGUUGCCACAAAAUUGGAAGCACAGAAUCGUCUAGAAUGUAAUUGUAUGCUGUAGCGUUAAGAUUUUCCUUCACUGGAACUAAGGGGCCUAGCCGGAGCCAUGAAGCCCCAGACUGAUAUUCCUCCUACACCAAACUUUACAGUUGGCACUAUGCAUUCUGGCGGGUAGCGUUUUCCUGGCAUCCGCCAAACCCAGAUUCGUCCGUCGGACUGCCAGAUGGCGAAGCGUGAUUCAUCACUCCAGAGAAGGCGUUUCCACUGCUCCAAAGUCCAAUGGCUUCGAGCUUUACACCACUCCAGCCGACACUUGGCAUUGCUCAUGGUGAUCUUAGACUUGUGUGUGGCUGCUCGGCUAUGGAAACCCAUUUCAUUAAGCUCCCGACGAACAGUUCUUGUGCUGACAUUGCUUCCAGAGGCGGUUUGGAACGCUCUAGUGAGUGUUGCAACCGAGGACAGACGAUUUUUACGCACUACGCACUUCAGCACUCGGUGGUCCCGUUCUGUGAGCUUAUGUGACCUACCACUUCGCGGCUGAGCAGACAGUGCCACGAAAGUCAUUGAGCUCUUCAGUAAGGCCAUUCUACUGCCAAUGUUUGUCUAUGGAGAUUGCAUGGCUGUUUGCCUGAUUUUGUACACCUGUCAGCUGAAAUAGCCGAAUCCACAAAUUUGAAGGGGUGUCCACAUACUUUUGUAUAUAUAGUGUGUCUUCAUAUAACCCUCAGAUUGUCCAAACCAAUGAGCCAAACCGAUAAAGCAGAUGUAAAAGAUGCAGAAGGAAUGCGCUCUUUGAGAAGGAGGAUGUAUUUCACUAGUGGUGUACAGCACGGUAUAGGGCUACAUGACUGAAUAAAUAACAGACCUAGUAGUACUUGGCUACUGUAGAACACACAGGAUGACUGACUACAAACCAACUGAAAGGAAAUUACUGUAGCUAAUGGGUUGGGGAUCAAUCUAACUGACAGAACUGAGGGCUAUGUUAUGUAUGUUGUUGCUUUAGGUUAGAUUCAUCCCUUUCCUUUGAGACAUCCCUUAAGGGUUGUUUGGCUGGAAAUACAUCAGGCCAAAUUCCUCUGCUAUUCCCUCAAAUAUGAAAUACGACGACUUCACUAGACAGGAUAGCUAGAAGCUUAUGCCUCUAGCUCCAGUCCCAGUUUGUGGCCACCGGUGUUGAUGCUCUUGCCAUCGACCAGUGCAGACAGGAUGAGUUUCAUACCUGGCCGCAGUGUCUGGGUGUAGCCAACUCCUACCAAGCUGGCAUUGUUAACUUUAGCGGAUAUGGAGGCACUGGAGUCCAGCUGGUACUUGGCAGCGAUGCCAAAGCAGAUGCUGUUGCUGCCUGCUGUCCAGACAAGGUUCACAGCUGUCUCCAGCUUGUCAUUCACCUUCUGGUAGAUGGACCCUCCAAACUAUGUGCCAUCAUUAACAUUGGUGUGCAGCUGGAAGUCUCCUGUCUUAUAGCCAACAGCGAAGUUGCUCUGGGUCAUUUUGGACUUGGCUGUGUCGAAGGUAAUCUGGUAGCCAGCCAGUCAUCCCUCGUACCCGGCCACUGCUGCCACAUGCAUGGCCGGGCCGGCAAAGUCAGUCUACAUCCACACCCAGGUUGACGUUUUCACGCUUAUAGGCAAUCUUCACCUUCCCACUCUUCUUGCCAGAAUUGGGUGUAGAACGUAAGUUUCAGUCCUUUGGUUGUCUGAUCUUCAACAGUGAUUUCAGUCCCCAGAGUGUGGUCUGUGGUCCACUUCUCUGUAAACGUCAGGCUGUAUUCACCCCAUUUGUACUUGCCAUUGACUUUGCUGGUGUCAGUGUUGGACUAGCCAGAGGUUUAGAAUUCCACUCCAUUUGAAGACUUGGCCUUGAGAUCAAGUUUCACCAAUCCAAAACCAUAUCCUUUAUUGAAGAUGUCCUUUGCAGAUAUGAUGGAGGGACAGCCAUUCUACUGGAAGUUUUGCAGGAAUAUUAUAACUUUCUUUUUUUUUCUUUUUUUUAGGGGGUAGAUCAGCUUUAAUAUUUCAGAUAGAUUGUAACUUCCAUCAAUAUAAUUGUCUGCAUCACAUAUGUUUUUUUCUCGCAUAUAUAUAUAUAUAUAUAUAUAUAUAUAUAUAUAUAUAUAUAUAUAUACACACAGUGGGGAGAACAAGUAUUUGAUACACUGCCGAUUUUGCAGGUUUUCCUACUUACAAAGCAUGUAGAGGUCUGUAAUUUUUAUCAUAGGUACACUUCAACUGUGAGAGACGGAAUCUAAAACAAAAAUCCAGAAAAUCACAUUGUAUAAUUUUUAAGUAAUUAAUUUGCAUGAGAGACGGAAAGUCUUAUUAUAUGCUAAAGUAUUAUUAUAUUAUUGAUCGAUUGACUAUGACUUUUCAGAUCACCCAGUAGUGCUAUCUGCAGGGUUAGCUCCAGGUAAAUAUUGCAAUCCUUUAGCCAUUCCUGGACCUGUGUCCAAAAACAAGCUACAAAUGGACAGUACCAAAACAAAUGAUCUAAUGAUUCUGUCACUUCGCAGCAAAAUCUGCAGAGCUGGGAAGAUUGUAUCCCCCAUAUAAAUAACAUUCUAUUGGUAGCAAGAAUUGUAUAUAAUAAUUUAAAUUGAAUAUUAUAACUUUGCAUCAGUUGCUUGGAGCUUUGCGUUGGUGCAGAUAGUUGUUUCCAGGCUGUUUCUGACACCGCGACACAGUCCUAUGGUCUAGCUGGAGGGCAAUGAAGGAGUGCAAAGUUCGCCACUCAGUUAACAGGCAGAGAGGGGUGAGAAUGGAGAGCGAAGAACAGAUGUGUGAAGAGGUGCUGUGGCGGUGAGGGGUGUUUGAAAUGCAAGGCAGAUGGACUGAAUGUUGUCGCUGCUUGUGAAAAGAGAAGGAGAGGAGGGAUACGGAGAGAAGGAGUGAAGGCAUACAGCUAUUCUCCAGGGGGCUAUGAUUUUACUGUGAGGCAGCAGACAAAUGUAAAGGACGUCAGCCCCCAACACAUGUUCGCAAACACACACCACACCAAUGCUGCAAUAUGUCUGAACAAUUCUCCCCAUGACCACCUGUCUAUGAGCUGUCCUAGUGGAUGGCCUGUACGCUCUGGAAGGGGGCGCUAAACCAAAGCAACACUGACACAGAUAUUAACUAGCUGACCGCCACCAUACAAUCAGAUCUAACCUACCUAAAGAAAGACAUGUCCAUAAUUAAAGAUGCACUUUGCCUAAUUUCAGUUUGUGACAAAACAAGCAAGUGUAGUGUUGAGAAUCAUUGUACCAUCUAAACCGCUGUGAAAUAUAUUUUCCAUAACCAAAAGUAUUGUAUUUUCAGCUGUUUGAAGCUGGUCUACAAAACCGAAAGUAAGACACAAAAACGAAAUACAGGAAGCAUAGCAAUAGCGCACAUAGAACAGAUCUACUGCUUGGUUGGGUCGCCCAAAAAGUUACAUUUUGCAGCUUUAAGUUUUAUAUUAAAUAAUAGGAUAUUAUCAAAAAAUGCUGGAGCAAACUUUUUUGUUUCAAAAUCAAAAUGUUUUUUUUUUUUUUUGCUAAUGCAUGGGCAGUCAUUUUCCCUCAGAAACACUCUAUGGUCUCUGUGGAGGAGAACUGAACUGAACUGACCUACAGUAUCUUUCCUCUCCCUCUCCAGAACCCAGAAGACGGCUACAGCAGGUUGAAGCGUUGGAUCAUGAUAGGAGACCACCACCAGCUGCCCCCCGUCAUUAAGAACAUGGCCUUCCAGAAGUACUCCAACAUGGAGCAGUCCCUGUUCACCCGCUUCGUACGCCUGGGGGUACCCACCGUUGACCUGGAUGCCCAGGGACGUGCCCGCGCCAGGUGGGUUAGGCGCUCUGGGGACAUAAAUAAAUAUGGUUAAAACAGAAAUGCGUUGUUUUGCGGUUUUAGGCUGGGUUUCUGUAUAAGCACUUUGUGACAUCUGCUGAUGUAUAAAGGGCUUUAUAAAUAAAUACAUUUGAUUUGAUAUUAUUUUUUAUCUUUAAUCAAACAUAAACAAGUCUGAACAUGCAAAAAGUCAUUUUGAAAUGUGAAAAUACUUUAUCAUGCUGUUUUUGAUCAUCAAACAUUAGUGCAAAAAUAUCAACAGAAUAUUUGGUUAGUGUGUAUGACAUCUUUUAAUCGUCUUAAACGUAAGACGAGACGAAAAUAACUAGUCUGUUAGCCAAUUAAAAAACCCUGGCUAUGUCCAUGAUCCAAUAGUUGCUAAGUACCAGCUGAUACAGUUGAAUAGUAGAGUGGAUAGUCACUUGAGUUUGUUUUACCUCUGGUGCCCUCUAUGUAUACUAACAUGGACGCUAAGCUAAAGUGUUGAAUAGUGAAUCUCUUUGAUGCUAAUGGUAUGGUGGCUCUCUCUAACCACAGGAAUGAAUGAUCAAUCUCUGUGAUGCUAAUGCUAACAUGGUUCUCCAUCUCUCCUCCAGUCUGUGUAAUCUGUAUAACUGGCGCUAUAAGCAGCUGGGGAACCUGCCCCAU